AGGUUUCUCUUACAUUUUGGAUUUUUAAAAGGAAACUGAAAACGAACCAAAGAGUUAAGUAUAGACCUGCACGCAGUUCCCCCUCUACGACACGACACUCCUCCUCGAUCGCCUUGUUUCUCUGUUCUUGGCUUCUGGCCUGCAGGCGAUCGACCGACGUUGUUGGUAGCAGGCAGCGGUGUUCCGAGAUGGGCAGCCAGCAGAACGUGCUUCACCAGCUCGUGUCCUUCAUCCUCGGGGCGUCCGCCGCCGCCGUCCUGCUCUUCUUCCUGACGACGGCGACGACCGGAGCGCGGUUCACCGGGAUAUCGACCUGGGCCAAUGGAACCACGGGCUUCGACGAUGCCCCCUUCCAGGAGGAGGCUCCUGCUACCACGGCAAGAGUACCUGCUGCUCCUGCCCACGCCGAUGCAAAGCAGCAGGGCACGGCGGCGGCGGAGCAGGAGGACGAGCUGGAGCGGCUGCUGCGCGCGGUGGCGGACGAGGACCGGACGGUGAUCAUGACGUCGGUGAACGAGGCGUGGGCGGCGCAGGACUCGCUGCUGGACCUGUUCCUGGAGAGCUUCCGCAGCGGCGAGCGGAUCGCGCACUUCGUGGACCACCUCCUGGUGGUGGCCCUCGACGGCGGCGCGCUGGAGCACUGCCGCGCCGUGCACCCGCACUGCUACCUCCUCCCCGCCGCCGCCGCGCGCAACCUCUCCGGCGAGAAGGUGUUCAUGAGCAAGGACUACAUUGACCUGGUCUGGAGCAAGGUCCGGCUUCAGCAGAGGAUCCUCGAGCUCGGCUACAACUUCCUCUUCACGGACGUGGACAUUCUGUGGUUCAGGAACCCGUUCGAGCGGAUGUCGGUGGCGGCGCACAUGGUGACCUCGUCGGACUUCUACUUCGGCGACCCGUACAGCCCGAUGAACCUGCCCAACACGGGGUUCCUGUACGCCAAGUCGAGCCGGCGCACGGUGGGCGCGUUCGAGGCGUGGCACGGCGCGCGGGAGGCGUUCCCGGGGAAGCACGAGCAGCAGGUGCUGAACGAGAUCAAGGUGGAGCUGGUGGCCACGCGCGGCCUGCGCAUCCAGUUCCUGGACACGGAGCACAACGCCGGCUUCUGCAACAACACCCGCAACUUCAACACGCUCUACACCAUGCACGCCAACUGCUGCGUCGGCCUGGGCGCCAAGCUGCACGACCUCGGCAACCUGCUGCAGGAGUGGCGGGCGUACCGGCAGAUGGACGAGGAGGAACGCGUGCGGGGGCCCGUGCGCUGGAAGGUGCCCGGCAUAUGCAUCCACUGAUUGUGAUUGCUGUGAUGGAGGGGCCACCCGGCGCGGUCGGGGAGUGUGCAUAAGUUUGUUGUGAUUUCUUUUUUUAGGGAAGUUUAUUGUGAUUUCUACUUGUACAAAUCAGGAGGAUGAAAAAACUAAGAGUGUAACAA